UCUGUUAUUUGAUUGGUGGGACGAUCCGGCAUUAAUGUACGUGCGACGACGUCAGACGUAAGGUCAAGAGGAAAGAAGCAUGGCCGCUGUGUUGAGAGGGUCUCGGUACCUAGUGGGAAGGUGUUGCAAGCAUGCAGACUUUGCAUUUGUCUCCACAAGGUCUAUGGCCUCGAAGACACCGGUGGGGUUUGUUGGUCUGGGCAAUAUGGGAAACCCAAUGGCAAAGAACUUGCUGCAGCACGGAUACCCAGUCAUAGCUACAGAUGUGUUCCCGGAGUCUUGCAAAGAAGUGCAAGAGCUGGGCGCUCAGAUUGUGGAUAAUCCUGCCGAGGUAGCAGACAAGGCCGACCGUAUUAUCACCAUGCUCCCCUCUAGUCCCAAUGUCAUCGAAGUGUACACUGGACCCAACGGCAUCCUCAAAAAGGUGAAAAAAGGCUCCCUACUCAUUGACUCCAGCACCAUUGACCCCGCUGUCUCAAAAGAAAUGGCCGCUGCUGCUGAGAAGAUGGGGGCAGUUUUUAUGGAUGCACCUGUAUCAGGAGGUGUUGGUGCUGCCAGUUCGGCUAAACUGACUUUUAUGGUUGGAGGGGCAGAGGAGGAAUUUACUGCAGCCAAAGAACUUCUCAGCUGCAUGGGGGCCAAUGUGGUGUACUGUGGUCAGGUUGGAACUGGACAGGCAGCCAAAAUCUGUAACAACAUGCUUCUAGCUAUUGGAAUGAUCGGGACUUCAGAGACAAUGAACUUGGGAAUUAGACUCGGUCUUGAUCCCAAACUGUUGGCCAAGAUCCUGAACAUGAGUUCAGGUCGAUGCUGGUCCAGUGACACCUACAACCCUGUGCCUGGAGUCAUGGAGGGAGUCCCCUCUGGGAACAACUACCAGGGAGGCUUCGGCACCCAGCUGAUGGCAAAGGACCUGGGCCUCGCACAGAACACAGCCACCAACACAAAGACUCCUGUCCCUCUCGGCUCCUUAGCCCAUCAGAUAUAUCGUAUGAUGUGCGCUCGUGGUUACGCCACGAAAGAUUUCUCCUCAGUGUUCCAGUUCCUGCGUGAGGAGGAGGGCCAGCAGUAAUGUCAGCCCCCACCCCGUCCACAGCCUUGCCAGUUCCUGGCCCUGCACAGGACUAACAUAGAGUAGUUGGGGGGGCAUCUCGCCCUGAGGACUGUUUUUUUGUUUUUUCAAAGGUGUGAAAGACAUGAAGCCAACCGAGCUCUGCGUGAAAGAUCAUGUACGCACUUCUCUCCUAUUGGAAAUCAUGUUAUCUGUGUGAUGUAGCCUUUCUAAAAUGCAACACUCCUUUUUAGUUUUUAGAAGUAAGUGAACUGUCAGAUAAAGAGAUAUCAGCAGACUGUCUCUCAGUGGCAGCUCUGUAGAUUUUUACACUUCAAAGUGGAAGAUGUUCUGAGGCAUCUGUGGUGUUGAGAAGACAACUCACAAACUCUGUCAAGACUGAACGGCUACAAACACCUUUCAGUCUCCACAUAUUUAUGUAAUAUUUGUUUGUGAUCAUUUCUCUAUGUUGCUGUUUUUUCUGUUCAUGGGGGGGGGGGGGGGGGGGGUAUUUCAGUUGAUAAUGGAAAUGUUACUAUGGGAUAGAAGUGUCAUUUCAUAUCCUGUUAGGAAAUAAAAACAAAUUGUGAUGACAGUUCAUGUGACAAUUAAUUUACCACCUUUUCCUUUAAACGGGCAUAAUUUGUAAUUCUGGAUUUCGAUUUCAACUUGCGCAGUAUGAACAGAUGUAUCUAUUUUUCAACAAAACAACUAGAAACACAUUUAUGCAGCUGAUUUCUUUUCAGUUAUGCCGUAAAUCCGGUUUCUUGUUGGAAAUGCUGUCGUAGACUCAGAGGGAGAAGCUUUGCGUGGACACACCUUUUAAUAACCACCAGUGCGCAAACAAACAAACAUCAGAGCCGGAGGAAGGAGGACGCUAAUUCUUCCUAUGAAAAGGGCGAUUUAAAUCCCAAAUGGCACGGUACAAUAAUGGCUCCCAAAUGUUCUAGUUUGCAUCCUGCAUCUCCGUAGUCACGAUAAAAAUGCUGGCCAGACUUCAGCCUUUGAGGAGCUCGGCUGCGGAGCAGAUGAAGGAGAGGGCCAACACUGCACAAACCAAAAAAAAAAAAAA